AGAAAACCUGUUUUAAAAGGCCAGUAUGUCUCAACAGCCAUUCUGCAUCCCAUCCCUUUAGAAGCACUGUCCUUCCAUCCAAUUUUCAAGCUGUUCUGCAGUUGCUUGGACCAAACACGGUCAGUGCAGCCCUCUGUGCUGACUGUGCUCAGGAAUGGAGGAUGGCUGAGUUUGCUUUGAGGUACGAGACUUGCUCUUGCUGCGACAGUGCCCAGAUUUCAUAGUAAGGAACAACCAGCACCAAAGAAAACAGCAGUGAUGAGCCCAGGCCCCUUUCCCCUGUCCUGCUGCUGGGCACUGGAGCAGUUUGGUGCCUUCCGUGUAAAGCCCCAACGAGACACUGUGUCUGUGCCAUGCCUGAUGCUCUGCAGUCGUUCUGCUGAUUUUGGAUAACUGUCCCUGCACUGCAACCCGGGGUGGCUGCAGGGCUGCAGGCUGCCCACUGUUGCACGCAGCUGUACAAUCUGCUUGCAGAGCACUGCCCUGAGAGCUCAGCAAACAGACAAAGCACUCAGGGAGGAAUCCCCUUGCUAAAGGCCCAAAGAGGAAACCCCCCAGGACUGUUCAGGAAUGCAAAGUUAUUGAGGUGUAGGCCCUCAAGGCAGGGGGAAACGUUACAAGCAUUAAAUAAGGGCUUGUGCAUGCACAGAUGUUACACUGGUUUGACUUGAACUGGGUUGCAUGCCCAAACAACAGGAUUAGUGCUGCGUUAAGGUUGCCUACACCCAGCGUUACACCAGCAUGGCUGCAUCGAUGCCGUGUUACGUUUUCCUUACAGCCACUGCGUUUCAAGGGCUUCAGUUGAGUUUCAAUGCAUACUUUUCUCUUUGCUUCUAUAAUAAAAGGGGGGAGUGGUGGCUUUCCCUGGGCGAGGGGCUGUGAUUCAUGCUCUGCAGCUCAAGGAGCAGCUGUAGCCCUCCUGGGUUUCACCACCACCCCAUGCUGCAGGGACAGCAGUGGCUAUGUCCUAUGAGUCGCAAGGUGGGGCAGACUCCCCCCGGCACGUGUCACCAACCACAGUGCCCACGAGGAACCCCGAGUGCUGCUCCAGAGAUUUUGUGCCCCAUGCUCGGGGCAGGGAGGACUUUUUGUGCAUCCUGUUUUGCAGUGACCACACUGCCGGAGGGGGUCCAAGCUGCAUGCAUCAUGGGGAGCAACCUAUACUGCUUGAGGGAGUUUGCACCACUCCAGCAGGGGCUGCAGCGCAAGCAGAAGGGGGAUACACAGACUUUGGCGGUGCAGGCGCUGUUCUGUACCUGCAAUGCCAGGGAUGGUGCAUACAGUGCUUGGAGGUGCACCACCCAAGGGGGUGUCCAGAGUGCCGGGACUGCACGCAGUGCUGCCCUGCAGCUGCUCCUCCUAGAGGUGCACCUAUACUGCUCGAGGUGGGGGGCACGCACGGACUACAGUGCUUGAAGGGGGGGGUCCACUGUCCCCAAGGGUGCAUGCACAGACAGGCUGCUCCACGAGGGUGGCACUGCACAGACACGCACCUCCCGGGGGUACAUCUGUGCUGUUCGGGGGGGCUGGGGGAGCGGGUGGUGCUUCUGGGGAGGCUCACAACGUAUGGAGGUACACGUACCAACACCGGGCUUCCCCUGCACUACCCGACGGGGGCUCCUGGGGGAGAGGGGUGGUGUCCGCGGGGUACACCGAUAUCGCCCGAGGGGGGAACCCGCCCCGCAGCGCCCGGGGGACACAGCCCCGCCCGCCGCCUCCCGUCCCCCUUAAGCAGCGGACGGGGCGGGCCGCCACCUUAAGGCAGCCCCUCCCCCGGCAGGCCCGGCCCGGCCCGGCGCGGGUUGCCAUGACAAGCAUUUUCUCCCGCUAGCUCCACAGCCGUCGCCGCCCUCCUUAUGGCCGCCCGCGGGGGCUGCGCUGACAGCCGGGACGGGGCGCCGCGCCGCUCCAGUUGCUGUGGUAUCCAGGGAGCCCUCCUCCUCCGGCAGGAGAUGCACGCCGGCCGUUGCUAAGGUUGCCUCCGCGGUAACAUGCACAUCCUGUUUACACCUUCAUCCGGAGGACUCGGGCUUGGCUAGAGGUACCGCUGCACCCAGCCCACCCUGAGGGACAGGGACAUCUGUGGGGCUGCCCCCAGCUCCCCUCAAAAGCAAACCUUUGUGGCACUGUCCUCGACAAGAUGACGAACAACGUGGCUGACCACCACCCCGGGAACUCGGUUGCUGAAGGCAACCAUGAGGGGGACUUUGGUUGCUCCGUGGUGGAGCUCAGGAAUCUCAUGGAGCUGCGGAGUGCCGAGGCGGUCGCCCGGAUUAACGACUCCUAUGGCGGCGUGCAGACCGUCUGCAAGAGGCUGAAGACAUCACCAGUUGAAGGUCUGUCUGGGAACCCAACUGACCUGGAGAAGAGGAGGCAGGUGUUCGGCCAGAACUUCAUUCCUCCCAAGAAAGCCAAGACGUUCCUGCAGUUAGUGUGGGAGGCACUCCAGGACGUCACCCUGAUCAUCUUGGAAAUAGCAGCCAUAAUCUCCCUGGGGCUGUCGUUCUACCAUCCCCCGGGUGGUGACAAUGAACUGUGUGGGCAGUCAUCGGGUGGCGUGGAGGACGAGGGUGAGGCGCAGGCCGGCUGGAUCGAGGGGGCAGCCAUCUUGUUUUCAGUCAUCAUUGUGGUGCUGGUGACUGCCUUCAAUGACUGGAGCAAAGAGAAGCAAUUCCGUGGCCUCCAGAGCCGCAUUGAACAAGAGCAGAAGUUCACAGUGAUCCGCAAAGGGCAGGUGAUCCAGAUUCCUGUGGCAGAGAUCGUGGUUGGAGACAUUGCACAGAUCAAGUAUGGUGACCUCUUGCCAGCGGAUGGCAUCCUGAUCCAAGGGAAUGACCUGAAAAUAGAUGAGAGCUCGCUGACUGGAGAGUCUGACCAAGUCAAAAAAUCACUUGAUAAAGACCCCAUGCUGCUGUCAGGUACCCAUGUGAUGGAGGGAUCUGGGCGAAUGGUGGUGACUGCAGUGGGAAUCAACUCUCAGACAGGAAUCAUCUUUACUCUUUUGGGUGCGGGAGAAGGAGAUGAGGAAAAGAAGGUGAAGAAAGGUAAAAAAACCGGAGCCCCUGAAAAUCGCAACAAAGCUAAAACUCAGGAUGGUGUGGCCUUAGAGAUCCAGCCCCUGAAGAGCCAGGAAGGGGUGGAAAAUGAGGAGAAGGAGAAGAAGAAAGUGAAGGUGCCCAAGAAGGAGAAGUCUGUGCUCCAAGGGAAGCUGACGCGCCUGGCAGUCCAGAUUGGGAAGGCAGGGCUCAUCAUGUCGGCCAUCACCGUGAUCAUCUUAGUACUGUACUUUGUUAUCGACACCUUUGGGGUGCAGCGUCGGCCCUGGCUGGCAGAGUGCACCCCCAUCUACAUCCAGUACUUUGUCAAGUUCUUCAUCAUUGGUGUCACUGUGCUGGUGGUGGCUGUGCCCGAAGGGCUCCCUCUGGCAGUCACCAUCUCCCUGGCCUACUCGGUGAAGAAAAUGAUGAAGGACAACAACCUCGUGAGGCACUUAGAUGCUUGUGAGACCAUGGGUAAUGCCACCGCCAUCUGCUCAGACAAGACUGGCACACUCACUAUGAACCGAAUGACUGUGGUGCAGGCCUAUGUGGGGGACACCCACUACCGUCAGAUCCCUGACCCCGAAGCCAUCCUGCCCAAGAUUCUGGACCUCAUUGUCAACGGUGUUGCCAUCAACUCUGCCUACACAUCCAAGAUCCUGCCACCAGAGAAGGAAGGGGGGCUACCCCGGCAAGUGGGGAACAAGACAGAGUGUGCCUUGCUGGGCUUCGUGCUGGACCUGAAGCAGGAUUACCAGGCUGUGCGGAAUGAGGUGCCAGAGGAGAAGCUGUACAAGGUCUACACCUUCAAUUCGGUGCGCAAGUCAAUGAGCACAGUGCUCAAGAACAGCGACAACAGCUUCCGCAUGUACAGCAAGGGAGCCUCUGAGAUCAUCCUCCGCAAGUGCACCAAGAUCCUGGACAAGAAUGGUGACCCCCGGGUGUUCAAAGUGAAGGAUCGGGAUGAGAUGGUGAAGAAGGUGAUUGAGCCCAUGGCAUGCCAUGGGCUGCGGACCAUCUGCCUGGCCUUCCGUGACUUCCCUGCCAACACCGAGCCUGACUGGGACAGUGAGAAUGAGAUCCUGUCUGACCUGACCUGCAUCGCUGUGGUGGGGAUAGAGGACCCAGUGCGGCCAGAGGUGCCAGAUGCCAUCCUGAAGUGCCAGCGUGCAGGCAUCACUGUCCGCAUGGUGACUGGGGACAACAUCAACACUGCUCGUGCCAUCGCCACCAAGUGUGGCAUCCUGCUGCCUGGAGAGGACUUCCUGUGCCUGGAAGGGAAGGAGUUCAACCGGCUUAUCCGCAAUGAGAAGGGCGAGGUGGAACAGGAGCAGCUGGACAAGAUCUGGCCCAAGCUGCGUGUGCUGGCCCGCUCAUCCCCAACAGACAAGCACACACUUGUCAAAGGAAUUAUUGACAGCACUGUUGGUGACCAGCGGCAGGUGGUGGCUGUCACCGGGGAUGGGACCAAUGACGGCCCAGCUCUGAAGAAAGCUGACGUUGGAUUUGCUAUGGGCAUUGCAGGCACUGAUGUUGCAAAGGAGGCUUCAGACAUCAUCCUGACGGAUGACAACUUCACCAGCAUCGUCAAGGCGGUGAUGUGGGGUCGUAACGUCUAUGAUAGCAUCUCCAAGUUCCUGCAGUUCCAGCUGACAGUUAAUGUGGUGGCUGUCAUCGUGGCUUUCACAGGCGCCUGCAUCACCCAGGAUUCUCCCCUGAAAGCUGUGCAGAUGCUGUGGGUGAACCUGAUCAUGGACACCUUUGCCUCCUUAGCCCUGGCUACGGAGCCCCCAACUGAAUCCCUGCUGCUCCGCAAGCCGUAUGGCCGCAACAAGCCGCUCAUCUCCCGCACCAUGAUGAAGAACAUCCUGGGGCACGCUGUGUAUCAGCUGACUAUCAUUUUCACACUGCUUUUUGUGGGGGAGAAGCUGUUUGACAUUGAUAGUGGCCGGAAUGCCCCAUUGCAUUCCCCACCCACUGAGCACUACACCAUCGUCUUCAACACCUUUGUCAUGAUGCAGUUAUUCAAUGAGAUCAAUGCGCGCAAGAUCCACGGGGAGAGGAAUGUCUUUGAGGCCAUCUACCGCAAUCCCAUCUUCUGCACAGUGGUGCUGGGGACGUUUGCAGCCCAGAUCAUCAUUGUGGAGUUUGGUGGGAAGCCAUUCAGCUGCUCUGGGCUCACCCUGAGCCAGUGGUUUUGGUGUAUAUUUAUUGGAGUGGGAGAGCUCCUCUGGGGCCAGCUCAUCUGCACAGUCCCUACCAGCCACCUGAAGUUCCUGAAGGAAGCUGGGCAUGGCAUCACCAAAGAAGAGAUCCCAGAGGAAGAGCUGCCAGAAGAUGUGGAUGAGAUCGACCACGCUGAGAUGGAGCUGCGGCGUGGGCAGAUCCUGUGGUUCAGGGGUCUCAACAGGAUACAGACGCAGAUGGACGUAGUUUACACAUUCCAGACCGGCGCCUCCUCUUUGCAGGGAGCCCUCAGGAGACAGCCUUCCAUCGUGAGCCAGCACCACGAUGUAAAAAAUGUUUCUAGCCCAACCCAUAUCAAGGUGGUGAAUGCGUUCCGUAGCUCCUUGUAUGAAGGCCUCGAGAAACCCGAGUCCAGAAGCUCCAUCCAUAACUUCAUGACACACCCGGAGUUCAUCCUGGAGGAAGAUGAGCCUCGAACACCAUUCCUUGACAGUGCUGAAGAUGACCCCGAGACCGACGGACUCCAAAAGCGAGGUGGGGGCUGCCUGGGUGGAUCUUCAUCCCUCAACAGAAAUAACAACGCAGUGGACAGUGAUCAAACCGAGGUCAACUUUGCAGAGCCUGAAAGCCUCUUUCACAGCUUGGAGACAUCAGUUUGACCUUAGAACUUCAACCCUCUCCCCCACCCACUGCCCUCCUCCACCUUCGCCCCACAUCCAGUGUGAUGUUGACAUCAGUAACUGAUCACAUGCUGCAGUCACUUUGUGUCAAACUGCUCAUAAGUAUAUCACUGGGGGGUUGUUUUGUUUUGUUUUUCUUUUUUUACUAUGAUUUAGCUGUGGGAGCCAGAGUACCAUGAUGUUGAGUAUUAGAAGAGGGGGCAUCGUGCAUCUUCACCCCUAGUUUUCAGUGGUACUUGCCCAAGUGAAACAGCCAGUUUAUUUCCUCUCUGAGAGUUGGGCUCCAUGUGUCCGCAGGGGAUUUUCACGUUGAAAAAUGCAUGUUCCAAGGAAGCUCAAAUUAUUGUAGUCUUACAUGCACAGUCCCUGCCUGAGGGCUGAGGUGCACUUGUGACUUUCUUUUUCCACUUGUUGUUUUUAAGGUUUUCUUCCAAUGUUGGGGGUUUGUUCUUUGCUUGUGGGAUUUGCCCCCCUGUUACUUCACAGUGGGAAGCUGGGGGAGUUAGCACUGUAGUGCAAAAAGCUUAAAAACAAAACAAACAAACAAACAGUCGGGAGGAAGGUGUUUACUCACAGGUUGCUCAGACAGGGAUGUACACCAGUCUUCCACCUUGACAAAUGGUACCCAGCCUUUACAGCUCCUCCUCUUGUGUGCACACAUUGCUGUCUGUUUCCAAAGCAGUCUGUGGUAGACAAGGAAUGAAGGUGGCUUGGCUUGGAUAUCAGGGCUUGAUUUUUAUUUUUUCCUUUUUUUUUCUUCCCCACCAUGAAGUAAGGUGGAGGUGAAUGGCAGUUUAAGCAUGGUGAAUUAAAAACAGAUGGCAGUGAGAAAUGGGGCAUGUUCUUUUAGAGGAGCUGUGUCUCCUUUGCUCGUGAACACCUGUGCCACGUUUUGGUGAGAGCUCUGGGAAGCUUUUAGCAGUUCCCACUGUCAGGAGCACAGUGACUUCUGCCUGUUUUGGAUUGUCUGUAUUCCUCCUGGGCUGAGUAAUCGUCAGCCUCACGGUGAAAGCUGUGUUAGGUGAGGAGGAACCCAGAAGAUGCUCCAGCUGGACCCACCAGUUCUGCUUGUCACUUGCAAAGUGUGAAUAGAGAAAUAAGUGUGGUUGGUGUGGCUGGGGCAGCUCUCAGAUCAUAAGAAGGACAAGUUGGGUUGCGCCCUAGAAGGGAAGGGAUCUGUGCGGCCAUGGGGAUGCCCAUUGGUUUCCACAGCACUCCUGCAGCUGAUGUUGGUGCUGGGUUUGUUGGUCAGCUGCAGCUCUUCCAGAAGUGCUGUGGGCCUUGCUUACUGGAGGUUAUCCCCUCACCCUGUGUCCUGCCUCUCCUUGGUCUAUAGUAACUUGUCCUCUGCAGGGUGGCAGCCUCAGAUUGUGGAGCAGAUGUCCUAUGUGUCCUGGCUCUAGCCACCUUGCCAAGCCAAGAAUGGGCAGGAAGCAGGUUUUGCUUUGCUUGGGCUUGGUUUCUUUCCCCGUGAGUGCAGUCCCUUCGUCAUUGUCCCCCUAGUGUGCGGGGCUGAAAAGAGCUCUGCUGCCUUCUGUCCCUUUUCCCAGUUGGUUUGGUUGGAAGCAGAGAAAACAUGGCGGUAACUAGCUGUGCUGUCUGCCUGUCCCUGUAGGUGUCUGUGAGGGGGUGGGCUGGCUGGUUUGGCUGGCUGGUUUCUUCUUUUCUUUCCUUUAAGAACGCACAGCAGAAUCUCCCGUGCCUUCUCCAAGCACUGCCUGCAGCACCGCCUGCCACAUGAGGGCCCACUACUUUGCCAAGAAAUAAGUGUUCCUUAAUGACAACAGCAAAAACCAAGUGUCUUUGUUUUGUUUCCAGCCCAGCGCUGACCCAUACCUUCCUUGGGGUGGAAGCAGGGAAGGACCCGGGCGCCGAGGUCAGGCCCUGCUGCCCUGCCCAGCGCUGCCAAGGGGGGCAUGAAGGCUGGGGUCAGUACACUGCCAGCAGCGAGGAGAAAUUGCCACCACUGCCCAUCUCAAUUGCAAAUUCAGUGUUGAGACACCAGCCCUGCCUGUGCAGACAACCUGUUGCUGUCCUUCCCUUCCUCUGCAUGCGAGAUGAACAAAUGCUGUGGGCAGGAUGGAGCACAGCAUGCCCUGCUGUGUGGUGGUGGUGGGGAAGGGAUGCUCGUGGGGUUUGGUUCCGUACUGAAGGUGACAUUGCUCGAAAGAUCACUUUUUUCUAUUUUAAAUACUUGCAAAAAAAAAAAAAAAAUCUUAGAGGCUUA